AUGGGCUGGCGGGUUUGGCGGGGCCGAAAAGCCACCAUUGUUUCCCACCUUGACAAUGGCCUCUACGUUGUUCGCUACAAGAACCUUCUCGAGGACAACGAGUCUCAGCCUCUCACCGAAACCCUUUAUCCCAAGGAGCUUCGUCCAUUGCCACCUCGUGUCCACGCUUCUCAGUUUGCGCUCUAUCAGAAAGUCGAUGCUUUCGACAACGAUGGUUGGUGGGUUGGUUCGAUCACUGGCAGAUCUGGUUCUCACUACUACGUGUACUUUUCUACCACAAACGAAGAGAUAGCGUACCCUUCUUCUCAUAUCAGGGUUCAUCAUGAAUGGGAUCAAUGCUGUAAUGGGUUUUUCUUUCUUUCUUUUCAUUCAUCUGUGGGUUUGGAAAUUCCACAUAGGUUUAUGGGUCUGUAA